AUGAGCAACCAAGGUAAAGUGCAGAAGCCGAACAAGCCUGCCGCCAACUCACUGAAACAAGUCGAGACGAAAAAACGGCAAGUAUUCAAGGCAGUUCUGGCUAGUCCGUAUUCCCGCCGUAACCUGUGGCCGGCCGUGAGCGCCGAUUUGCAGAACGAUCUGGUCGAUCUUCUUUGUUCGAUCCUCGAGCAGGUCGGGACCUUCAACAAGCUCUCGCAGGCAGAGAAAAAAUCCUCUGGACUGGAAAAGCCGCCUAUUAGCGAAUACGUCAUAUAUGGGUUCAACAGUUGCAUGAAAGCUCUUGAAAAGCAGUCCAAACAGAUCCAGUCUAUGAAACUAGACUUGAACAGCGACCACACUCUUCGAUAUCUCUUUGUGUGCAAGCUUGAUAUGACGACGCCGCUGCUUUUCCAGCACUUUCCUGUUUUGAGCGCGCAUGCGAAUGUGAAGCUUAUUCAACUACCGAAAAAUACACAUCAGAGAUUACAGAAAGUCUUAGGUCUGAAAAAACCAACAGAGGUGUUGGUUUUGGCCAGAGGGGCUGCAAAAAUGUACCCGCUGCUUGCUGAGCUUGCUGAGGGCGUGGAUGACGUGGACAUCGAGUUUCUUCGAAGUGGGCCUUUUGAGGCGAAAAUAAAACACAUAUUGACGCAACAGACGGUUAAAAAAUAG